GGCUCAAAGUUCUUCUCUAAAUUUCGUCACUCACUCACCUUUAGAUCGAUUUGUACAUUUCAUCCUUCUGAUAAGAAUGGCUCGAGGUACCCUCGACGUUAGAAUUUGUGGUGGAAGAAAUCUCAGUAACCCGAACAAAGAAGGUAAGAUUUGUUGCAUCGUCUACUACAAAGAUCAGCAGAAGAGGACAGAAGCCAUAUACUGUGAUGGCCCCGAUCCAGAGUGGAACGAGACACUUCUGUUCACCAUAGCUGAUCAUGUUGAAGAGCUCAAGGUCAGGGUCCAUGACGGGGAUUAUGUUACUGAAGAAGAAGUUGGACACUGCGAUAUUAAUAUAGAGGGUCUACUUCGGGACGGGGGAGAAAAUCGAAUAGAGCCGACUUCAUAUGAUGUAUGGAGGAAUAAUGAAGGAAACUAUGGAAAUGUUACUGUUGAACUCCAUUUUCAUCCAGAAUGAUGAUGAUCGAUUAAGAACGUACGUGAAGAUGAUAUGGUGGAUGGAAAUUAAGAAUAAGCAGACCAGUACUCAUUGCUUCGUGGUCUGAUGACACUGAUACUAUUACGAAUGGAAUAAAAGGGGUGAAGAAUAAAACUCUCUAGUUUCGAAGACUUCAGCAGUUCCAGUUUUGGAGAUUUUCAACCGUUCAAUCAUUAAUACAUUGGAAUAAUAUUCUUCUAAUUUUUUUUUUUUUUUUUUCUGAGAUUUGGCAGUGACUCUGCUAGCUUGAGAAAUGUAUGUAUUAUUCGAAUAUUAAACUUUAAAUUCAUUAAAAGAUUCGGCUGAAGCCCUUCUCAGGGUUCAGACUAAG